AUGUAAGAAUACGAGAUUGAUCUAACAAAAAUGAAUUAAGGAAAUAUUGAUACCAUAAUUAAUCAAUUAGAAACAAAUAUCAAAUAGAGAUAAUUAAAAUAUGGGGAUGAAGAUUCAAGAGUAAAAUUUUAGUCUUAAAUUUCUAUUUAGAUGUUGAAAUACAAUCAAGUUCUGUGUAAAUUAUUGAAUCAACAAGCAUUGAUAGCCCUAUAAGUGUAAAAUUUUUAGAUCACAAAAAAGUACCUUAAAAAAGCUGAACUAAUAACUUCAUAUGUUCCAGAGCUUAAAGUUGACUAUUAUAAAUAAAAUAGGCUUAAACAUUUAGCAAUUUAGCAUGUUAUUAUCGUAAAAUUGGAAAGACACGAACCGCUCUCUAAUAUCUUUAAUAGGCUUUAUCGAUUGAAUUAAAGUAAUUUUUUUUUAAAUUUUAAUAGAAAUGAAACAACAACAUUGUUACCUGAAUUGUAUCUAAAUAUCUGUGCAGUUCUUUCAUCAUAAGAAAGACAUGAAGAUGCAAGAUAACAUAUUUAUUUAUCAAUUAUUAUGUUGUAACAUGAAUUGCUACUGCAAUUUUUAAAAUAAAGUUAAUAAUCAAGCAAAGAUAUUUUUUAAAAGUUAAACUCAUUUGAUUAAUCAAACUAAUAAGUUAAAAGUUAAUUAAAAUGUAUUUAAACAGAAUAAAUAAAUUUGAAUAAAGAACAAAAAGAGAGAAUAUAAAUUUUGAUUGUAGCGUAUCAUAAUUUAGGAGUAGAAAUGGAACAUUUAAAACAAAGUCUUGAAUCUAAAAAUAUUUUUAGAUCUGCUUAUCAAUUAUCAUAAAUAAGUCUAACACUUAAUCAUCCACUAAGAUAGACUUUAGGAUCUAUAAUCUAAAAGUAUGAUAGUAAUAAUUCUAAAGAUAAUUUUGAAUCUGUAAUCUUAAAACCAAUUUUACCAAAAUUGAAUCUAAAAUCAUAAGAUUUCAAAUAAGUAUAUAAGAGUAAUUCACCUAAAUUUGUUACAACAAAAAAGCAUUAAUCUCUACCGAAAAAUAAAAGCAAUAUAGGUUCAAAAGAAGAAAAAAAAAACUUUUCAAGUGAUAGAACGAAAAAAGAAGGAUAAAAAUUUGUUAAGAAUAAUGAUUAAAAUCAAGAAAAUAUGUAAAGCUUAGAAAAUAAAGAUAUCAUAAACCUAAGAGAGUUGUACAUAACUCUUGAUACUGUAAAUCAGAAUACAUAGUUGUGA